AGGUGCCUGGAACCUACAAGGUGAUGGAACGACCCUCAACCAGGACAGGGGGCUGCCCAUCUAGUAAAGCUGCCACCCCCUCGGCUGAGAGGCUUUGUUUUUUAACUCCCCGGUGACACUAGAGUUGGAGGGUUUCCGGCCGGAGGCCAUUAGAUAGGACAUCCGGAAGGCGGAAGUCCUAGGGCGGAAGUGGCCGAGAGGAAAGGAGAAUGGCGGAGGAGGGCUGGUUUUGGCGCUGGGGCUGGGGCCGGCGGUGCCCAGGGAGACCUGGGCUUCCUGGCCCCGGCCCUGGCCCCGUUACCCUUCUACAUCUUCUUCUGUUGCUGGCGUCAGUGGCUGCGGAUAUAACUGACGGCAACAGUGAACACCUCAAGCGGGAGCAUUCGCUUAUCAAGCCCUACCAAGGGGUUGGUUCCAGCUCCAUGCCUCUCUGGGACUUCCAAGGCAGCACAAUGCUUACGAGCCAGUACGUGCGUCUGACCCCCGAUGAGCGCAGCAAAGAGGGCUCUAUUUGGAACCAUCAGCCUUGCUUCCUCAAAGACUGGGAGAUGCACGUCCACUUCAAAGUCCAUGGCACAGGGAAGAAGAAUCUCCAUGGAGAUGGCAUCGCCUUGUGGUACACCCGGGACCGCCUUGUACCAGGACCUGUGUUUGGAAGCAAAGACAACUUUCACGGCUUAGCCAUCUUUCUGGACACAUACCCCAAUGAUGAGACCACUGAGCGUGUGUUCCCGUACAUCUCAGUGAUGGUGAACAAUGGCUCCCUCUCCUAUGACCAUAGCAAAGAUGGACGCUGGACUGAGCUGGCAGGUUGCACGGCCGAUUUUCGCAACCGGGACCAUGAUACCUUCCUGGCUGUGCGCUAUUCCCGGGGCCGUCUGACGGUGAUGACUGACUUGGAGGACAAGAAUGAGUGGAAAAAUUGCAUUGAUAUCACGGGAGUACGCUUACCCACCGGCUACUAUUUUGGAGCCUCGGCUGGCACUGGAGACCUGUCUGACAAUCAUGACAUCAUCUCUAUCAAGCUGUUCCAGCUAAUGGUAGAGCACACACCUGAUGAGGAAAACAUCGACUGGACCAAGAUAGAGCCUGGUGUCAACUUCCUCAAGUCACCUAAAGAUAACGUGGACGACCCCACGGGGAACUUCCGCAGCGGGCCCCUGACAGGGUGGAGGGUGUUCCUGCUGCUGCUGUGCGCGCUCCUGGGCAUCAUCGUCUGUGCCGUGGUGGGUGCUGUGGUGUUCCAGAAGCGCCAGGAGCGGAACAAGCGUUUCUACUGAGCGCCUGGCGUGGCGGGAAGAAGCUGAUGUUGGCCCCGGCGCUAAUGUGAACUGUUUUUUUUACUCGGAUUGUAAAAGAAAAUAAGAUGACCUUAUUUCUUAACUGUUUCAAAGAAAUGAUUAAAAGUAUUUUCGUACAUUUUGCUUCUUGCCCAGCAGGGACAGGUGGCAGGCCCAGGAUUGGGGUGUAGCAACUCCACAGCUGGAGACGAGCCUCUUGCCCUGGGGUGGCAUCUCAGGAGUAGGGGCUUCUGUACCUGGGGCGGAGCUGAGGCCCUACAGGAGGCCGUUGAACACUGGAGGGCCCCCCAGACCACAUUGGGGUGGCUCCUGAGGACCCAGAGCAGUGGUGUUGUCCUAAGGUGUGUGUUGUGUGUGGUGGCAGACAAGGCCCAGGUGGGGAACAUGAGCCUUCCUGUUCCCUGCGCUUCUCAAGGCAGACUCAGGUGAUGCUGGAGGAGCUGCUCGGUGGGGCCCAGAGUGUGACUAUUUGCUAAAUAAAGUGGAAUAGCCAACCUCA